AUGGAGGCAAAAGGCAGAAACAUGCCCCCAGAUAUUAGCUUCCUUCCCCGCCCAGCGCUUGUGUGGUGUGAGCGAGGCAUCCAGGUGCUGCUGACCACCAUGGGAGCGUUCGCGGCCUUCGCCCUGAUGACGGUGGCCAUCGGCACGGACUACUGGCUGUACGCCCGCGCCUUCAUCUGCAACAGCACGGCCAACUCGUCCCAGGAAGACUCCAACAACAAGGACAAGAAGGACCCUGGGGCGCUCACCCACUCCGGCCUCUGGAGGAUCUGCUGCCUGGAAGGCUUGAAGCGAGGUGUGUGUUCCCAGAUCAACCAUUUCCCAGACGACGCGGACUACGACCAAGAUGCUGCAGAGUAUCUGCUGCGUGUGGUGCGAGCCUCCAGCAUCUUCCCCAUCCUCAGCGCCAUACUGCUCCUGCUGGGCGGAGUCUGUGUCGCCUCCAGCGGCUUCUACAAGAGCAAAAGAAACAUCAUCCUCGGUGGAGGGAUUCUCUUUGUAGCUGCAGGGCUCAGCAACAUCAUCGGAGUGAUCGUGUACAUCUCAGCAGCACUGAGCGACAUCUCCCCCAAGAAAGACGAGGACAAGAAGUGGCACUACUCCUAUGGCUGGUCCUUCUACUUUGGCGGACUGUCCUUCAUCCUGGCCGAGAUGGUGGGCGUCCUCGCCGUCAACAUCUACAUCGAGAAGAACAAGGAGCUGCGUUGCCGCUCCCGCACCGACCUCUUCAAGAGCACCACGCACGCCAUGCUGCGGCUGCCCAGCUACCGUUUCCGGCGGCGCUCUCGUUCCAGCUCACGCUCCACCGACCCGCCACACUCGCAGGAGACCUCGCCCAUCGGUGCCUCCAAGACCUUCAGCCUUCCGCCCUCCGCCCCGCCUUUCUCCGUGGCCACGCUGCCCAACCCGCACCACAGCAGCAGCGGCGGAAGCGGAGGAGGCGGCGACAUCUCGAUGUACACCCUGUCGAGGGACUCCAAGCUGGGCAGCCUCGGAGGCGGCGCCCCGCCUCUCUACGGCACGGUGGACCGCGCCACGCUGUACCAGCUCCACAACUACUUCCCGAAAGAUUCCAGCGGCAGCGGCGGCGGCGGAGGAGGAGCAGUGAUAAGCAGCGGUACACUCCCAUCUCACUCCAAGUCCAACCUGGCGGCAGCGGCAGCUGUUGCCCAGAAUUCAGCACCACUGAAUACCUCCACGUCAGCCACCACGCCGGCCCAGCCAGCUCCGAUAUCUACAGCCACCAUGGAGAGGGAGCGGGACAGGGACAGGGGCAAUGUGGGAACCCUGGACCGGCUGACCGCCAAAAGGGACCGGGAUAGCAACUCAGAUACACUUAACAGGAAAACUACGCCAGUUUAA